UCCAUUUAUAAUAUACUGCACAAAUGAAGGUUAGAAGGAUUUUCUUUAAUUUCCAUCUGCUGUAACUCCUUGUAUUUUAUUCCAGCUGUCUGCUGGAGAGUACCAGUGAUGGAUACCCCAAUCACAUGCGUCUUUUGCCUGGUACUGUCUCAUUUUCUUGCUACAGCAACUCAAGGAGUAGUAUGCAGACCUGGCUGUCACCCUCAAAAUGGGUUUUGUGAAACUUCUGGAGAAUGCAGGUGCCAACCGGGCUGGAAAGGACAGUUUUGCAACCAGUGUGUUGUAUUUCCCGGCUGUUUGCAUGGCAACUGCACACAGCCAUGGCAAUGCGUCUGCGAAGAAGGAUGGGUUGGAAGCCUCUGUGACAUAGAUAUCCAUCCGUGUGCUUCAAAACCCUGCUUCAGCAACUCCACCUGUAUUGAAACUGGGGAUGGAGGAUACAUUUGCCUGUGUGCCCCAGGAUUUACAGGAAAAACCUGCCUUCUUAAAAAGGGUCCAUGUGUCACAAAUGGGUCUCCCUGUCAGAAUGGUGGGACGUGCAUUGAUGACAAUGGCUUUGCAUCUCAUCCCUCUUGUCAGUGUCCCUCUGGUUUUAUUGGAAAUUUUUGUGAAAUAGACGGGGAUAACUGCAAUCCUAAUCCUUGUCACAAUGGGGGAAGAUGUAUAAAUAUUGACUCAGGUUUUCUGUGUCAUUGCAUAGUUGGCUUCACGGGACAAUCUUGUAAUGACCCAAUGCCUCUGUGCAAGAGUAACCAAUGUUCAAACGGAGGGACAUGCUAUGAAAAACCUGAUGGAUUUCAAUGCAUGUGUCCAUCUGAGUAUACAGGGAGCACAUGUACUUAUAUCAAUAGAAACAAGAGCACCUAUGCGAUUGGUUCAUCAAAGACACAUGCCUACUUCUUCCCUCCAGGCUCAAAUCACAAGUCCAUGCAGCAUCCAGGACAUGAAGUGCUGAAGAUCACUGUCAAGGAGACCAUUCAUAACAUAGACCCUUUUCUUAAUCGAAGUCAAGUUGUCUGUUUCAUUGUUCUGGGCCUGCUCACCUGCCUUAUUGUCCUGAUUACUACUGGAAUUGUGUUUUUCUCCAAGUGCGAAACCUGGAUAGCCAAUGCCAAAUACAGCCACCUGCUACGCAAAAAAAAGGAUUUCUACAUGAAGACCAGCACUGAAGGGGACCAUGAUGUAAAAAUAAUAUUUCCAGAGAAAGUCAAGAUUGCAAACUACAGUAGAAAUUACACUUCUAUUUAAUGUUAAAAAUUAUUGAUUUUUAUGCGUUCUCCUUAUUUAAGGUGGCAUUUAAAAAAAAAAUCAGCUGUUGCCCAUCAAGCCGUUCCUACAAUAAAUGUGAUAGGUGUGGUGGUCAUAUUUUGCUGUAUUGUGAUAACCGUGCUAUAGUGUUGUCAGAUUCAGUACAUUUUUGCUUAUUUUCAUUUUGCUAUAGCCAAAAAGGUAAUACAAUAUAUUACUGGCACAUUUUCUUACCUCCUAACUGUUACACCUUAGAAAAAAGUCCAACCAGCUUGAGUGGAAACCAAAAAGUCGUGAGAUCUUGUUGUCUGAAGGCAGAGCUAAGUUGUUUAAAUUAGUGAGUAUGGCUGCUGGAGUUAGUUAGUUUAAGGGUACUGCUGUGCAUUUUGACAGUGGGGCUCAAUUUAUGAGUUUACUGAUUUCAAUAUGUGAAAUUGGGACAUUAAUAAGUUAAGAGAAACUGUAGGACACAGUUUCGAAGUCAUGGAAUUCCUUGAAAAUACAGUAUAGUAGAUAGCUCUCAGUUUUCACUAAUGUCAAUAUGGCCUGGGGCAGUAAACAUCAAAUGAGUUCAGCACAAACCCAGGGUUAUUGCACAUUCUCUGUGUCUUCAGUUCAAUUGUCUCUAUUUCUUUAUCUAUCUAUCUAUCUAUCUCUCUUAUGUUUCCCUUUUCCUGUUUUGUCCUCCCCCCCUCCCUCCUUCUCUCUCUCAUUGGCCCAUUUUGCCUAUAUGUGUCAGCUAUGAAUCACAACUCCUCACUCCCCUACUUCUAAACACCUCUUCCCUUUAAUUUAUGCUUUCAAUAACUCUGUUCUAGCCUUUUUCUUUUUCUCCCUCAAUCUAUUGCAUUUUUUAAAAAUUUUAAAGAAAAAAACCCCACUUUUAAACACACACAAACAUCCAUACAUACAUUAUUUUUAAUAUUAAAUGUCAUCUAACCCCUUUAACCUAAGUGAACAUAUACUGAAUAACAUUUUCAAAUAUAUAUAUUUUUUUUGUUCUGCUUUUUAUAUUAUUAAACUAAUUUUUUUUUCUUUGCACUUUUUUUCUAAAUAUUUUUUUUUUUUAAUUUUAUGUAUUUAAUUCUUUAAAGAAAAUUACAACAUCAGCAGGGGGUGAUUCAUACUUGAAUACUCUAUUUGUAAAAGUAAUACAAAUAUAUUUGUGACUCUGUGCUUCAAAUGACUUGAGAAAGUUGAAUAAACAUUCCCAGCCCUUCUCAUUGAAAUAGAUUUGAAGUCAAAUUCUAAGAUGCAUUAAAUGAUAAGUGAAAAAGUUUGAUAAAAAAUAUACUAUUUUCUGUAAAAAAUAGCAUUUAGUUGUAUGUGAUUUCUGUAUGUGAAUAUUGAAAUAAUUUUAUUAAACAACUCUAUUAUA